AAAAUAACCAUGUUUGACCUCAAUUUAUAGAUCCCACAAAAACCCAUUUGGAUUUGCUGGCUUUCAGCCAUUUAUUUUGUUGUUUUUCUUCUUCUAGACGAGGAGAGUGGUUCUUGUCUGCUGAUAAUAGAAAGCAAAUGUUCGUUUUGUUUAAUCACACAUCACCCCAAAGACACCGAUUGUUUAAAUUAAAAGAAAAAUAAAUAAAUAAAUAUAAUCAAAUAAAAACCUUCUCUUCACUCUCUUCAAUUAUCUUUAUCUUCCCAUUUCUCCUCCCCUCUUUCUCUCUCCAUCUUCAUCUUCUCAAAACAUAUACAUAUACUUAUAUUUAUGUACAAAGUUUUGAUUUUUGAUGGAUCUACAGAUCUAACCCAUCUAAACUCACAUGGGUUUGCUCUAAACUCGUUCAGAUCUCCAUCUUUUUCAUUUGUUAUGAUCCAUUAGCUUACCAAAAACCACACUUGCAAAAAAAAAAGCCUAACUUUCAACUGAAACUCGAAACUCGAUAAAAGAAGAUUCUGCGUCGAUACACUCUUGUUUCACAUCCAUUUUCGGAUGUUGAAAAAUCAUCAAAUCGGUGGUAACUUGUGGUGAAAUGAGGGAUGUUAUCGACAUUGAUAAACUUUCUAAAAGCCUGUUGGCGACCCUCCGAUCGUUACCCAUACACCGGUUCCGACACAGCCGGAAAACAAGACGGACUUCUUUGGUAUAAAGACCUCGGCCACCAUUUAAAUGGCGAGUUCUCCAUGGCUGUUGUUCAAGCCAAUAUGCUACUCGAAGAUCAAAGCCAGAUUGAAUCCGGUUCUUUAAGCUUUCUCGAUUCUGGCCCCUAUGGAACUUUUAUCGGCGUCUACGAUGGUCAUGGUGGGCCCGAAACAUCGCGUUAUGUCAACGAUCAUCUUUUUCAAAAUCUCAAAAGGUUUACUACAGAACAACAGUCGAUGUCGAUUGAUGUUAUACAGAAGGCGUUUCAGGCAACUGAAGAUGGGUUUUUGUCGAUUGUCGCUAAACAAUGGAUUGUGAAACCCCAAUUAGCUGCUGUUGGAUCUUGUUGUUUAGUUGGUGUGAUUUGUAAUGGCGUUCUUUAUAUUGCUAAUGCUGGUGAUUCACGAGCUGUUUUAGGGAGAGUUGUGAAGUCGACUGGUGAAGUUAUUGGGAUUCAAUUGUCGACUGAACAUAAUGCGAGUAUUGAAUCUGUAAGACAAGAGCUUCAUCGAUUGCAUCCUGAUGAUCCUCAGAUUGUCGUUUUGAAACAUAAUGUUUGGCGUGUCAAAGGCCUUAUACAGAUAUCUAGAUCUAUAGGUGACGUAUACCUCAAAAAAGCAGAAUUUAACCGUGAACCCUUAUACGCCAAAUUCCGGCUCCGCGACCCGAUCCGAAGACCCAUAUUAACCGCCGACCCGUCAAUAUCGACCCAUGAACUCGAACCGGAUGACCGAUUUCUCAUAUUUGCAUCCGAUGGUCUUUGGGAACACCUCACCAAUCAAGAAGCAGUUGAUAUAGUUCAAAAUCACCCAAACAAUGGAAGUGCUAGAAGGCUAGUGAAAGCAGCAUUACAAGAAGCAGCUAAAAAGAGAGAAAUGAGGUAUUCAGAUUUGAAGAAGAUCGAGAGGGGCGUAAGGCGUCAUUUUCACGAUGACAUCACCGUUGUGGUUGUGUUUCUUGAUUCGAAUUUAGUGAGUAAAGCAAGCUCAUGUAAAGGGCCGAAUUUGUCUUUGAGAGGAGGUGGUGUAAACAUGGCGGCAAAAACUUUGGCACCACUGUCAACCGCCACAGAGAUCAGUAGCACCACCGCUGCUACUGCCGCCACAGCCACCGCCAUGUAA